AACCGAUUUCUUCGUGAAGCUUUUUCCCUCUUCUCUAAUCCACCAAUUUUCUCCUGAAAAUUAAUAAAUCUGAAUAGCAAUUUUCCAAAAUCAUCUCUCUGAAAUGGAAUCACAUCCUGAUCUCACCGAAUUGAUCCCAGGUUUACCUGAUGAAAUAGCGCUAGAGUGUUUGACUCGUUUGCACUAUGGAGCUCACGACGUCGCCUCUCAUGUCUGUCAACGGUGGCGUCGCCUGAUACAAAACCGGGAAUUCUAUUACCACCGGAAAAGAAGUGGGUUCACACGGAAAGCUGCUUGUUUUGUCCAAUCGCUUCCGAUUCACUCUACAUCAAAUGUUAAACCCGAAAAACAACCGAAAUACGGGUUAUCGGUUUUCGAUCCAAUUACAGGUAUUUGGGACCAAAUCGACCCUGUCCCCAAGUACCCAGACGGAUUGCCGUUGUUUUGCCAGGUCACAAGCUCGGAGGGGAAACUAGUGCUGAUGGGCGGGUGGAACCCGGUGAGUUGGGAACCCAUUCGCGACGUUUUCGUUUACGAGUUCACUACUCGGAGGUGGACUCAACGAGUUAAUAUGCCAUUAACUCGUUCCUUUUUUGCUACCGGCGCGUGUGACGGGAAAGUCUACGUCGCCGGUGGACACGACGAGAGUAAAAACGCUCUGAACAGCGCGUGGGUGUACGAUAUCUCCGCCAACGAGUGGACCGAGUUAACUCCGAUGAGUGAGGAGCGAGACGAGUGCGAAGGAGUGUUCAUCGGGUCAGAGUUCUGGGUCGUGAGCGGCUACGAAACCGACAGCCAAGGACGGUUCAAAAGCAGCGCGGAUGUUUUCGAUACCACCACCGGCACAUGGCGGCGCGUGGAGGAAGCUUGGGGAGUGAGUCGGUGCCCUAGGUCAUGUGUGGCAGUUGGUCAAAACGGUAAUUUCACGUCUUGGGAUGAGGUCGAACCGGCGGUUCAAGUCGGGACCUGCGGGGUUGACAUUGGGGACUGCUCCGUGGUUACCGGUUCGGCUUACCAAGGAGCACCUCAAGCGGUUUUUGUGAUAGAAAAGUCCAACCAAGGGCAAAAUGGUAAAUUGAUAAAGGUGGACGUCCCCGACGAGUUCUCUGGGUUUGUACAGUCGGGUUGCCUCGUCGAGAUAUAAUAGAGCCUUUUUAUUUACGUUUUUACCCUUUUCUUUUUUAUAAUGUAUAUGUAUAUAUUAUAUUAUAUAUAGAGAGAUCGUUAGUGAUUGGAUAUGAGCAAGAUAUAGAAUGCCAUAUCUCACGCAAUAUUAUGUAAGUUUUGUAACGUUAUAUUGUGGCAAUCUACUACUUCCUUUACAAUA